AUGGUAUAUCCAGCUGUUGAAUAUCCUUCAGAAGUUGCUACUCCUUCACCUCCAAGGAAUCUGGCUGAGAUUCUUCAGGCUCUUGAAAAUGAAGAUUCUGUUAUCCCUAAACUCAGUAACAUAACAUUUGGGGAAAAAGAGAAGGACGGCAGAGAGAAGAGGAAAAUUGGAAAAGAAAAGAGAUACGAGAAGUUUGCCGUGAAGAGAAUAACGGAAGGAUUACGAGAAGCCGGAAAACUUGGAUUCGACCGGAAUUGUAGAGCGGACUCCGAAUAUAAGAAACUCAGUAACAUAACAUUUGGGGAAAAAGAGAAGGACGGCAGAGAGAAGAGGAAAAUUGGAAAAGAAAAGAGAUACGAGAAGUUUGCCGUGAAGAGAAUAACGGAAGGAUUACGAGAAGCCGGAAAACUUGGAUUCGACCGGAAUUGUAGAGAGGACUCCGAAUAUAAGAAACUCAGUAACAUAACAUUUGGGGAAAAAGAGAAGGACGGCAGAGAGAAGAGGAAAAUUGGAAAAGAAAAGAGAUACGAGAAGUUUGCCGUGAAGAGAAUAACGGAAGGAUUACGAGAAGCCGGAAAACUUGGAUUCGACCGGAAUUGUAGAGAGGACUCCGAAUAUAAGAAACUCAGUAACAUAACAUUUGGGGAAAAAGAGAAGGACGGCAGAGAGAAGAGGAAAAUUGGAAAAGAAAAGAGAUACGAGAAGUUUGCCGUGAAGAGAAUAACGGAAGGAUUACGAGAAGCCGGAAAACUUGGAUUCGACCGGAAUUGUAGAGAGGACUCCGAAUAUAAGAAACUCAGUAACAUAACAUUUGGGGAAAAAGAGAAGGACGGCAGAGAGAAGAGGAAAAUUGGAAAAGAAAAGAGAUACGAGAAGUUUGCCGUGAAGAGAAUAACGGAAGGAUUACGAGAAGCCGGAAAACUUGGAUUCGACCGGAAUUGUAGAGAGGACUCCGAAUAUAAGAAACUCAGUAACAUAACAUUUGGGGAAAAAGAGAAGGACGGCAGAGAGAAGAGGAAAAUUGGAAAAGAAAAGAGAUACGAGAAGUUUGCCGUGAAGAGAAUAACGGAAGGAUUACGAGAAGCCGGAAAACUUGGAUUCGACCGGAAUUGUAGAGAGGACUCCGAAUAUAAGAAACUCAGUAACAUAACAUUUGGGGAAAAAGAGAAGGACGGCAGAGAGAAGAGGAAAAUUGGAAAAGAAAAGAGAUACGAGAAGUUUGCCGUGAAGAGAAUAACGGAAGGAUUACGAGAAGCCGGAAAACUUGGAUUCGACCGGAAUUGUAGAGAGGACUCCGAAUAUAAGAAACUCAGUAACAUAACAUUUGGGGAAAAAGAGAAGGACGGCAGAGAGAAGAGGAAAAUUGGAAAAGAAAAGAGAUACGAGAAGUUUGCCGUGAAGAGAAUAACGGAAGGAUUACGAGAAGCCGGAAAACUUGGAUUCGACCGGAAUUGUAGAGAGGACUCCGAAUAUAAGAAACUCAGUAACAUAACAUUUGGGGAAAAAGAGAAGGACGGCAGAGAGAAGAGGAAAAUUGGAAAAGAAAAGAGAUACGAGAAGUUUGCCGUGAAGAGAAUAACGGAAGGAUUACGAGAAGCCGGAAAACUUGGAUUCGACCGGAAUUGUAGAGAGGACUCCGAAUAUAAGAAACUCAGUAACAUAACAUUUGGGGAAAAAGAGAAGGACGGCAGAGAGAAGAGGAAAAUUGGAAAAGAAAAGAGAUACGAGAAGUUUGCCGUGAAGAGAAUAACGGAAGGAUUACGAGAAGCCGGAAAACUUGGAUUCGACCGGAAUUGUAGAGAGGACUCCGAAUAUAAGAAACUCAGUAACAUAACAUUUGGGGAAAAAGAGAAGGACGGCAGAGAGAAGAGGAAAAUUGGAAAAGAAAAGAGAUACGAGAAGUUUGCCGUGAAGAGAAUAACGGAAGGAUUACGAGAAGCCGGAAAACUUGGAUUCGACCGGAAUUGUAGAGAGGACUCCGAAUAUAAGACGAUUAUCUUUCUUGAAGAGAACGGUGUCGAGGAUUUAGCAAUGACUGCGAGACAGGUGGGAGAGGCAGUUAAGGAAGGAGCAGCCGUGUUUAUGUUAUUUGCAUCGAUGGAGAGGAAAGGAAAGGCAGUGAGUAGUGAAUUGCCGAUGAACAGGUUCCAAGUCGUUGCAAUGGCUGGUCGUGAAUCCUUGGGAAUUCCGCAGGAAAAUGUGCGGGUGAUUCCGCAAGAGAUUCCGCAGGUUCCAUUAACAACGUAA